GGCCGGCCGGAGAGGGCGGGGCCCCACUACUGAGAACAUUUAGUUCCCUGCACACCAACCCGCACUCAGCCAGCCAACACCGGAACAGAGAGUGCAGGGAGAACCGCUCUCGGUCAGGACAUUUUGUGGAGACCCUCACUGAAAAGCAUCACUCUUUUUUUUCCCACAAGUCAGCCGCCCUAGACGUGCACUUUUAGUCGAGAAAUAAAAAAAGAAAGAAGAAGAAGAAGUCUGGCGUUGUUGUCAAGAUCCUUCUCUCUGCUCGGCUGAUCGUCGCUUUUUUUCUUCAGGAUUUUUUAUUAUUAUUUUUUUUAGUUUAGGAGAUCUUUGAUUUCCUCCAGCAGCGAUGCCAGAGGACAACGGGACUGCCAGACCCGGUGGAGUUAUAGCUUACAUUUCAUCCGGCUUGCCGUCCACGUCGGAGUCUUGUGGCCCGGCGUCGACGUCGCCGCCCGCGUCCCGGCCCUCGUUGCCCAGCCGCGCCGUGGGCAUGGUGGUGGACAUCGCUCCGCCGGCAAAACGCGGCUGUGGCGCCGAGAAGACCGGCCGCUCCUCCGCGUCUGCAAAGAGCAGCAUAACGAAAAUCAACGGCAUGGUGCUACUGUGCAAGGUGUGCGGUGACGUGGCCUCGGGUUUCCACUACGGCGUCCACGCCUGCGAAGGUUGCAAGGGCUUCUUCAGGAGAAGCAUUCAGCAGAACAUCCAAUAUAAGAAGUGUCUGAAGAUGGAGAACUGCACCAUCAUGAGGAUCAACAGGAACCGCUGUCAGCAGUGCCGCUUCAAGAAGUGUUUGGCCGUCGGCAUGUCCAAAGACGCUGUUAGAUUUGGCCGCAUCCCCAAAAGGGAGAAGCAGAGGAUGCUGCUGGAGAUGCAGAACGCCAUGAACAACAUGAUGAGCAAGAGCGGGCAGCUGCACGGCGUGCCGCACGACGACCAAAGCCCCCCGCUGCCCAUCGAGGCAAUCAGCAGCGACACCAGCUCCUCUUUAUCUUCCUCUUCUUCCUCCUCCUCUUCUUCUUCUUCUACUUCCGACUCUUCAUCGUGUUCCAACCCGUCCUCGCCGCAGUACCCCCAGGACUCCGAGUCUGUGCUUUCCAUGGACACCAACUCCAGCUCGGCAUCUUCCUGCGGCUCAGACAGCAGCGAGGACGAGGGCGUCGCCGCCGCCGUCAGCGGGCAGCGGCAGGACGCCUUCGCUUUCCCCCAGCAGGGGUCGCCGUCGCAGGGCCGCGCCUCCCCGCCGUCUGGCUCGGGCUGCGGCGCCCCCAUGGAGGAGCAGCAGCAGGAGAGCCUGAGCUGCUGGAACAAUAAUCCGGCUGUGGGUGGAUACCAGCGCUGUCCCUACUCCAACUCCGCCUACAGGGAGGAGAGGGCAGCGUACCAGCAGCAGCAGCUCGGCUGUAACUCUUCAGAGGAGGCAGAACAUUACGCACAGAGAGCCUUCAGCUACAACGGACCAAACGGCUGCAUGAAAAGUCGGGCCUACCUGGUUUGCCCGAUGAACGCCUCGCCGUACGUAGACCCCAACAAGCCGAGCCAGGAGAUCUGGGAGGAGUUCUCGAUGAGCUUCACCCCCGCUGUGCGGGAGGUGGUGGAGUUUGCCAAGAGGAUCCCGGGCUUCCGUGACCUGUCGGAGCACGACCAAGUGAGCCUGCUGAAAGCUGGAACCUUUGAGGUGCUGAUGGUACGCUUUGCUUCCCUGUUCAACAUGGCCGAACGGACGGUCACCUUUCUGAGCGGCAAGCGCUACAGCCUCGACACGCUGAGGUCGCUGGGGGCCGGCGAGCUGCUCAACUCCAUGUGCGAGUUCAGUGAGAAGCUGGCGGCUCUGCGGCUCAACGAGGACGAGAUGAGCCUCUUCACCGCUGUGGUGCUCGUCUCUGCCGACCGGUCGGGCAUCCAGGACUUGAACUCUGUGGAGGCCCUGCAGGACAAGCUGAUCUGGGCCCUGAGGAACCUGGUGAUGCAGAACCACGGCGUCGAGUCCGCCACAACCUUCACCAAGCUCCUGCUCAAGCUUCCCGAGCUGCGCUCGCUCAACAACAUGCACUCUGAGGAGCUGCUCUCGUUCAAAGUGCAUCCAUGAUGGCUCCCAUUUAUAAAAACCUGGACCUGCCCCCCCCAGUAUCCGAACAACCCAACUGCGUGGUUUUCUGGAAUGUAUGAAGUCAUUUUUUUAUUCUGGGGUGGUUUGAAGAGAGGAUAUCAAGUUUACUGUAUUUAUGGAAGAGACUUGCACGUUGCACACAGACACACAAAUGCACGUGUGUGUUGGAAGAUAUUAGUUGGAUGCAUUUUUAUUUUUUAAAAGGAAAUACUUAAAAAAAUAAAAAAUAGAAGAAGAAAUAAUGCAGAUUUUUUUAUAUAUAUAUCUGUUUCCUCCAAAAGCCAUUAAUUCCAAAGUGUAUUUCUGAUCGGGUGAAUGUGCGAGACAUUAUAUUUUGUACCUUUUCACGUAUGUUUGGUCCAAUGGUUUUUAUUUUUGUGUGUGGUGAAAAGCUGCAGCAAAAGCGUCGUCGAAUGUGUGCUCACUGCUAAAUGCAUGGCUGUACGUAAUUCUAACUGUUGAUGUGGAUCUGCUCCACUCGUGUCGGACAUCAGCUCGUUAUUUUGGUGUACAUAGUGUGUAUCUUUUUCUGUUUUUGUCUUAUUUAAUUUUGUUUACGUGUUCAUUUGGGCACUGCCUGGUCAUUUCUGCAGGAAAAGCAAAAACACUACAUUACCACAAGUUUUGGAGCAGAAAACAAAAUGUGCUGCAUCAUGUAAAUGUUUUGCCAUUUACCCACUUUCUGAAUAUUUUUUUUUUUUUUUUUU